CCUCAGGAGGAUGUGGCUGCAGAACCUGCUUCUUCUGGGCACUGUGGUUUACAGCAUGCCCGCACCCACCCGCCAACCCAGCCCUGUCACUCGGCCCUGGCAGCAUGUGGAUGCCAUCAAGGAGGCCCUGAGCCUUCUGAACAACAGUAGUGACACUGCUGCUAUCAUGAAUGAAACAGUAGAAGUCGUCUCUGAAACGUUUGACUCCGAGGAGCUGACAUGCCUGCAGACUCGCCUGAAGCUGUACAAACAGGGCUUGCGGGGCAGCCUCACCAAGCUCGAGGGCCCCUUGACCAUGAUGGCCAGCCACUACAAGCAGCACUGCCCCCCCACCCUGGAAACUUCCUGUGCAACCCAGAUGAUCACCUUCAAAAGUUUCAAAAAGAACCUGAAGGAUUUUCUGUUUGAGAUCCCGUUUGACUGCUGGAGCCAGCCCAGAAGUGAGGCAGGCCUUCCAGCUAGGAGCUAGCCCUGGGAGCUCACCUCACAGAUUGCUGCUGUCCCACUCACAAAGAACCGAAACUCAGGAUCUUCAGCUUGGAGGGACCAAAGGGUGGGCCAUGGCUGUUGAGAACAUGGACUUGCUCUGGGCCGUACUGACCACGAUAUG